UUGGCCACAGAUCACCAAUUCCUUCUACUCCAGAACAAAGUUCAACAUUCCUACUCUAUUUAUGGUCUCCAAGCCAGAUACCGAGACACAAAAAGGACCAGAAAUCAAGAAGUGUUCUACUCUUUUCACCAAUGGCCUUUUGCAAUGAGAUCAACCUAGCUUCGUUUCUAGCCCUGAUAACCAUUGAUGCAAGCCUAGCAGCUCGUCGUCUUUUAGACACUCCAGCAUCACCAGCAGCACCAACGCUACCUACAAUUCCCACACUGCCAAUGCCAACAUUGCCUCCACCGUCAACCACCCAACAAGCUCCUAUUCCCUCCGUUACCAGCCACCAAACUGCCCAGAUACCGACUAUCCCCACCAUCCCUGCAGGCCUUCCGACUAUUCCUGGUGUCCAGAUACCAACCAUUUCUUUCCUCUCCCCACCUCCAGCAGCCGCUGCUAGUCCACGAAACAUUGAUAAAUUGACGGAGUUACCCCAGGAAUAUACGCAUAGGUUUUUGGAGCUUGUUGGGUUUCGCUUAAUGAGUAUGUUGCCUUCUUUCCCAACAAUUCCUACCCUUCCCAUGCAAACUCUCUCUCCUAUGCCUGCCGCUACAUUGUCAAAGCUUGGACCUCCGCCGAUGCCUGCAAUUCCCAUGAUCCCCACAUUUCCUGCAACAUUGCCUCCUCUGCCUUCUGUUCAGAUACCGAGAAUUGCCUCCAUACCUGCAGGCAUUCCAACUAUUCCUGGUGUUCAGAUAUCAGCCCUUCUUUUCCUCUCCCCACCGCUGCCAGCCACUAGUCCUUCAAGAUUUUGA